AUGAGAGCCACCAUUCCAGGCCCUAAAAUGGAUAUCAGAAGAGAACUAGGAAUAUCUCUGUUUGGUGAAAAAACGCAGGAAGAAGCUGAGCUACCAAAGAUCAAAAAGGCGUGCGAGAAAUGCCAGCAUCCUGAGCUUGUAUACACAACCAGACAGACUAGAUCGGCGGACGAAGGACAGACGACAUACUAUACUUGCCCUAAUUGUGGACAUAGAUUCACAGAAGGUUGA